AUGGCAACACGCGACCUAGCCGCAGAAAGCGGCGUUCAAGUUCGCAAUGCCCUUUUGGGUAUUCCCGCCAUGUACCGGUCGACGGUGGCGCAUGCCCGCCGCAAACCGCUGGGCGCGGCAGGCGCUGUGAUCGCACUCAUCAUGAUACUCGUGGCCGUCGGCUCCCGGUUGGCUAUCCUGCCCGUCGCGGACCCGUACGCUUCCGUCGGCGACAUAUUCCUCGGCCCCAGCCGCGAAUUCCUCAUGGGAACCGACGUCAUCGGACGCGAUGUGCUGAGUCGUGUCCUUUACGGGGCCUGGAUUUCGCUCUACGUGGGGAUCGGGAGCGUGCUGAUCGGCAUAACGGCCGGUUUUGUCCUGGGCAUCGUCAGCACCUACGCCGGCGGCAUGGUCGAUCUGUUCUUCCAGCGCGUGGUCGACGCUCUGAUGUCGAUGCCCGGCCUGAUCCUAGCGUUGGCCAUCAUGGCCAUCCUGGGAUCCUCACUGAACAACGUCAUCCUGGCCAUAGUGAUCGGGAUGAUAGCGCCAGUGGUCCGCACCGUGCGCUCCCAGGUGUUGACGCUCAAGGAAAUGGAUUAUGUGACCGCUGCAAGAGCCAUCGGCGCCCGCCCGGGGCGAAUCGUGUUCAAACACAUCAUGCCCAACUGCCUCGCCAUUUACAUCAUCAUGGCGACCUACUACCUGGGAUUCGCCAUAAUCAUCGAGGCGUCGCUGAGCUUCCUCGGAGUGGGCGCUCCGCCGGAUGAUCCCAGCUGGGGCGGCAUCCUGACCGUGGCCAGCAGGGAGUCUCCGGAGACAGGCAUCUGGCUUCUGGUGUUCCCCGGCAUCUUCAUCUUCAUCGCCGUGCUGGCCUUCAACGUCCUCGGCGACGCCCUACGCGACAUCCUCGACCCGAGGCUCCGCGGCCGUUAG